AUGGCGGCCCGGUCCCAGCUGGUAGCCUGGCUCUGUCAGUCCGGCGCCGCCCGCUCCUAUGGGCUCUUCUCCUCCGUGCUGAGCCGCACUCUGCUCUUCUUCUUCAAACUGGGCUGGAGGGUGAAGAUCCAGAUCCCAUACAUGUACCUCAUCGCCUCCAUGAUGUUAAAUAUCAGACUGCAGGUAAUGGGUCCCAGACUGCACAAUAUCCACCUUAUUAUUAUACACUGCACAAUAUAUACCUUUAUUAUACACUGCACAAUAUAUACCUUUAUUAUACACUGCACAAUAUCAACCUUAUUAUUAUACACUGCACAAUAUCUGCCUUAUUAUACACUGCACAAUAUCAGCCUUAUUAUACACUGCACAAUAUAUACCUUAUUAUUAUACACUGCACAAUAUCAACCUUAUUAUACACUGCACAAUAUCAACCUUAUUAUACACUGCACAAUAUCAACCUUAUUAUUAUACACUGCACAAUAUCAGCCUUAUUAUACACUGCACAAUAUCAGACUUAUUAUACACUGCACAAUAUAUACCUUAUUAUUAUACACUGCACAAUAUCAACCUUAUUAUACACUGCACAAUAUCAACCUUAUUAUUAUACACUGCACAAUAUCAACCUUAUUAUUAUACACUGCACAAUAUCUGCCUUAUUAUACACUGCACAAUAUCUGCCUUAUUAUACACUGCACAAUAUCAGCCUUAUUAUACACUGCACAAUAUCCGCCUUAUUAUACACUGCACAAUAUCCGCCUUAUUAUACACUGCACAAUAUCUGCCUUAUUAUACACUGCACAAUAUCAGCCUUAUUAUUAUACACUGCACAAUAUCCACCUUAUUAUACACUGCACAAUAUCCACCUUAUUAUACACUGCACAAUAUCCACCUUAUUAUACACUGCACAAUAUCCACCUUAUUAUACACUGCACAAUAUCCACCUUAUUAUACACUGCACAAUAUCAGCCUUAUUAUACACUGCACAAUAUCCACAUUAUUAUACACUGCACAAUAUCAGCCUUAUUAUACACUGCACAAUAUCAGCCUUAUUAUACACUGCACAAUAUCAGCCUUUUUAUACACUGCACAAUAUCCACAUUAUUAUACACCGCACAAUAUCAACCUUAUUAUACACCGCACAAUGUCAACCUUAUUAUACACCGCAUAAUGUCAACCUUAUUAUACACUGCACAAUGUCAACCUUAUUAUACACUGCACAAUGUCAACCUUAUUAUACACAGUAUGGCUUUAUUAUAACACAGGACAAUAUAAACAUUAUUAUAACACAGGACAAUAUAAACAUUAUUAUACACGGGAUGGCUUUAUUAUAACACAGGACAAUAUAAACAUUAUUAUACACGGGAUGGCUUUAUUAUAACACAGGACAAUAUAAACAUUAUACACAACAUGGCUUUAUUAUAACACAGGACAAUAUAAACAUUAUUAUACACAAGACAAUAUAAACAUUAUUGUGACAAACUCCCCUUUCUACGUGGGUUUGCCACGAGCUCGUGGAGGAGCUUGCUUGCCAGCCUCCUGCCCACAGACUAUGGACCCUACAGGGAAACCUGUAAAAGACUAUUUAACUGGCAUGGUUUGUGUGAUUCUCCUCUGCUGUUAGGGUUUAUUUAAUGUACUUUUGGGGUGUUUGUGACGUGUAUUCUUUGUGCCUAGAGAUAAUUUAGUGUUGUACACUUCCUGACUCAAUUAUCUCCCAGGCAUAGGGGAGGGAUUAUCCUGUUUUCUAUGUGAGUGUCAUGGGCCUGCUCAACUGUAUUCAAAAAUGUAUAAAAGCAGCCCAUCUGGCCAGAUUAAAGAUAUUCCAGUUUCUACUCCCAAAGCUAUGUGUCGGCUGGUUACUGGGAGGGGAAAAGGCUACUCUUUAAUCACCGUUCCAAUCUAGAAGAUUCAACGCGGAAAGUCCUUGUAAGGACUAGAGCUCCCAGACUGAGUGUCGUCCAGUGCCUGGGGGUGUCUAGAGCGAAUUCCCCAUUCGUCUACAGGAGGGAGCGGUUCCAGGACCCCAAUCAAGCCACGGCGACUUUUGGAAGAAAUGCUGCGGUUUGUCUUUAACACCUGCUAGCUAUUUCUCAGGGCCCCCUGCGUUUCUCUGCGUAAUUGUUCAUUUGCCUGUGCCUACGGUUGGCCUUGGCAAGGGCACUGUAACGGACCGUUUUGCACACGAGGUUAAAAACCAUUUAGGCAAUAUUCCCCUUUUCAGAUGUACAGGCAGCUACUGCAAUCACCAAUCUCCCGUACUGCAAACACAUGAAUUCACCAAUCUUCCGAACUGGAACCAGGGGAAUGCUCCAAACUCCUGAACAGGAAACACACGAAUGCUGUAAACAGCCGAACAAGAAAAAAUAUACGAACAGUUUACACUUCUGGCAGUCGCACUGUAACAGCAUACAAUCCAAUUCCCCCCCAAGAACGAGACGACACUUCGUUUGAGGGUUAAGCAGAAUUGAAUUACUGGGGCUACCUGCCCGGCUUUUAUGCAGGUCUCCCACCUGGUGGACACUCCCCUAGGGGACCAAAUGGACGACUGGGAAACAUAUUGGACAUUGACCAAUCACAUGCUUACAAUCCCACAAUACAUCACAAUCCCUCCUCUCUGUCCUGGAGAGAAUUGGGAAGUAAUCCAAUUAUCUCCAAGGAUAGAGGCAAAACUCCAUUAACCACAUGGCAGACAAAGGACAAUAAAAGACAUAAAAAUACAUACUGUUACAUUUAUCACAUAGAACAUACACAUUCUACCUAUCCCCAGAUAGCUUAGAUGUGAGCGCACAUUAUUACCGGAUGGCGCUCAGAUCACAUACAUACAGUUCAAUCGCCAUGGAGCCAAAGUCUUUCAUACAGUCUUUCAGUAUACGGCUGGGCUCCAUGGCAUAGCUAUCUGGGGUAGCAUGGCUUUAACAGUCCGCAGAAAGGCACGAACCAGCCUUUCUGCAGGGAAAAAGAACAGUGUUAAACAUGGGGCCAUAGUCCAGUGGCAGGAGGUGGGUGACCACGCUCCUCCAGUGGCCAGUGGCGAGGUUGGUUCCGCCACAUUUCUCCCCUUUACCAAUCAGACUAACAGGGCAUCUGACCUCCUGUCGGUCAGUGCCCUGGUUAGUCCAGCAACCCACCCACAACACAUAAUCAACAGAGUGGCCCACCCACAAAAUUUGGUUAGUGCACCUGGGGUAGUGGGUAGCUUGUCCAUGUCCAGGGGCUCCACCACGGCUCUGGGGUUUACUAGCCCUCCGGAUCGGUGGGUUGCUGAGUGGGCAGAGACCAGUGGUACUCUGCUCUGGUGCCAGCGCUACCACGGGAGUAGCCUGGUUGGAGCCCAACUGAGGAGAAGGGGUAGUAGGCUCCUCGCUCUGGACCUGGUGUUGCUGCUGGAGGGGAAGACAGGCGGUCUCCCCUUUGGAUAAACAGCCCUGCUGCUGGGGGACAGGACCGACCAUCCCUACUUCCUGUGGUUUGGGCACAGAGACCACGGUCCCAUCUGCACCGGUGUGGGGCUUAUCAUCUCCCCUUGGUGGGCUAGGCUGCCACUGGGGAGGGGGAACGAGGGUCUCCCCUCCCGGUAGAAUACUCUGCUGCUGGGGAGCAGGACUGACUGUCUGUACUCCCUGUAGCUUGGGCACAGAGACCACGGUCCCAUCUGCGCUGGGGGGGAGCUUAGUGUCUCACCUUGGUGGGCUACGCUGCUGCUGGGGAGAAGGGGUAACAAGCUCCUCUCCCUUACACUCUCUCUCCUGGUGGAGAGGGGGACCGACUGUCCCCCCUUUCAAUAUAUUGUCCUGCUGCGGGGGAGCGAGAACGACUGUCUCUGCUCCCUGCCGGACACACUGCUGCUGGGGAGGAAGGAUGACACCUUCAGCUCCCUGGGAUACAUACUGCCGCUGGAGAGGAAGGACGGCACCUUCGACUCCCUGGGACUCACUUGAACGCUGGGGAGAGGGACCACCUGUCUCCUCUCCUAAGAACACACACUACCGCUGGGGAGGAAGGAUGGCACCUUCAGCUCCCUGGGAUACAUACUGCAGCUGGGGAUCCUUGCAGGACCAGUCUAGGAGGUCCGCUACUUCGGGUACCGCUGGUUGCUGUUGGGGAAGAGGACCGGUUGUCUCUUCCCUAGCCUCAUUGAUGAGUCGCAGGUAAUACCACUCCAGUUCACAUUCCUUGGCGACCAGAUACCAUAGGUCUGCCUCGAGAUCAACAGCGCGAGGGAGACCCAGCAUGUCUUCUCGGUCGUAAAACAGGUCCCAAAAAUGGGAGUCGGUAGCUUUCCUAAAGUCCUCAUCAUCAAUAUUAUCCCAAAAUAGGCCAGGGCCAGCAUAAUCUCCGCCCUCUGGGAACUCAUACUCUUCCAUCUCGGGGACACACUGAGCUGCGUACCACUGUAUCGCCUGGUAUGCGUCGUCGAGCGCCAGUUCUGCAUAUACUAGAAUCUCGAGUCUAGUCGCCCACGCUUCUUGGGUCUGUUUUUUUUCUCAGGAGGGGCAUCUACUCUGCCAUUCGAGCCAGGAUUCGCUGCAUUCUGCUGCAGCGCCGAUCCCCUCGCGAAUACUGUACUUUUUCUAGGGCUUCGUCCCACAAUCCGGCUCUGGCAAUCUCUCUGUACCUCAACAUGUCCUCCUCUGACACUGCUCCAGACCUCAGGGAUACGUAACAGAACAAUCUGUCUUGAAACUUCUCCAUUUUCUGAGUUCCUUUGUAGAUAGGGGUGCUGUAAGGAUACUAGCGUUACCCUCAAUUUGUAAAUCCAGGGAAUGGUGUUACCUUGUAGCUGUCCUUCUGGGCUGUGGGAAUGAUCCCGUUGAUUGCCACCAAUUGUAAUGGACCGUUUUGCACACAAGAGGUUAAAAACAGUUUAGGUGAUAUUCCCCUUUUCAGAUGUACAGGCAGCUACUGCAAUCACCAGUCUCCCGUACUGCAAACACAUGAAUUCACCAAUGUCCCGAACUGGAACCAGGGGAAUGCUCCAAACUCCCGAACAGGAAACACACGAAUGCUGUAAACAGCCGAACAGGAAAAACCAUACGAACAUUUAACACUCCUGGCAGUCGCACUGUAUCAGCUUAGAAUCCAAUUCCCCCCAAGAACGAGAUGACACUUCGUUUGAGGGUCAAGCAGAACUGAUUUACUGGGGCUACCUGCCCUGCUUUUAUGCAGGUCCCCCACCUGGUGGACACUCCCCUAGGGGACCAAAUGGAAGACUGGGAAACAUAUUGGACAUUGACCAAUCACAAGCUUACAAUCCCUCCUCUCUGUCCUGGAGAUAAUUGGGAAGUAAUCCAAUUAUCUCCAAGGACAGAGGCAAAACUCCAUUACCAAAUGGCAGACAAAGGACAAUAAAAGACAUAAAAAUACAUACUGUUACAUUUAUCACAUAGAACAUACACAUUCUACCUAUCCCCAGAUAGCUUAGAUCUGAGCGCACAUUAUUACUGGAUGGUGCUCAGAUCACAUACAUACAGUUCAAUCGCCAUGGAGCCAAAGUCUUUCAUACAGUCUUUCAGUAUACGGCUGGGCUCCUUAGAAUAGCUAUCUGGGGUAGCAUGGCUUUAACAGUCCGCAGAAAGGCACAAACCAGCCUUUCUGCAGGGAAAAAGAACAGUGUUAAACAUGGGGCCAUAGUCCAGUGGCAGGAGGUGGGUGACCAGGCUCCUCCAGUGGCGAGGUUGGUUCCACCACAGGCACAGAUGACAAACCUUCGCUUUACCAUAGCAAGCAAUUGUGGCUAACUUAGGGUUAACCUUUUGAAAAGUAUAUUGGAAUGCGUCAUUAAAAUUAUUUUUGCCCAUCGUGAUACAUCCAUUACAAAUGCAGUAUAUUGUUUCAUCACUUUUAAUUAGGAAUUCUUUUUUUUUUUUAUUUUUAUUUUUUUAAAGGGACACUAGAUCACUUUUGGUGUAUUUGAUCAUGCCUCUGAAGUUUCACUGCUCAACUCUCUGCCAUUUAUGAAUUAAAGGGACACUAUAGUCGCCAAAACAACUUUAGCUUAAAGGACCACUAUAGGCACCCAGAUCACUUCAGCUUAAUGAAGUGGUCUGUGUGUGAGGUCCCUCUAGGGCAGGGGUAGGCAACCUACAGCACUCGAGGUGUCUUUGCACAGCACUCAAGGCUGCUAGAGCCAAACAGGCUCUGUCCUAUCAGGAGUCCCAGUAAAACUUCACAUAUCUGCUAAUACGAAAAGGUGGUGAAGGACAAUCCUCAAUUUAUGCAUUGCAGCACGUAGAGGAAGUGAUCUCAGAUCACUCCAUUCCAGCACUUGUGAAUGUGAACCAACACUGUACCAGAGCAGCCCGCAGCUGCUGUUGCAGCUCCUAUACUUGAGCUAAACCUGGUCAAUCUGGUCCCCACUGGAACCUAGGGAAGCCACCCACACUGCUAGAUAUACACAGAAAUGCAGAAUAACCCUCCCCUCAUACAAAUAAUACGAACAGCCCAUACACAAACAUAGACACAAUCCCCACAAACGCAACACCACUAACAAUACACAUACAUGCACACAACCCCGCAUGCAGCCUCUCAAAUGCAAUACCCCAAACAGCCCCCACACACUACCAUACACACAAUGUGACACAUCCAUUCACACACAGCAGCUCUCAUACACAGCCCACAUUCAUAUGUAUCAUACACGAUACCAUAAACUACUAAUGUUUACAAAUGGGUUAAUCCAGAGACAGCCGCUAGAGGCGCUUCCGCGCUUCUCACUGUGAUUUUCACAGUAAGAAGACGCCAGCGUCCAUAGGAAAGCAUUGAGAAUGCUUUCCUAUGGACUGGCUGAAUGCGCGCGCGGCUCUUGCCGCGCAUUCAGCCGAUGACGGCCGAGGAGGAGAGUCCCCAGUGUUGGAGAAAGGUGAGUGUUUAACCCCCUUCCUCCCCCUUCAGCCCGGCGGGAGUAGGACCCUGAUGGUGGGGGCACCCUCAGGGCACUAUAGUGCCAGGAAAAAGAGUUUGUUUUCCUGGCACUAUAGUGGUCCUUUUAAUGAAGCAGUUUUGGUGUAUUGAUCAUGCCUCUGAAGUUUCACUGCUUGAUUCUCUGCCAUUUAUAAGUUAAAUCACUUUUGUUUCUGUUUUAACCCUAACCACAGCUCCCCUAGCUGUGACUGACAUGUUCUGCAUGAAAGCAAAAUGGUUUCCUUUUAAAUUUAGGUGUAACUAACUUUAAAAUGUUAUAUCUCCUGCUAUAAAAAUUGCACCUGAAUUACAUACAGGAGGCUCCUGCAGAGUCUAGCAAGCUAUUAACAGAGGAGGAGAUAAGACAUUCUAAAUUAAACAGAAUUUGCAAUAAAGGUAGUGUAAACAUUAGACUGUAAGCUCGUUUUGAGCAGGGUCCUCUUCAACCUAUUCCUGUAAGUUUUCUUGUAAUUGUCCUAUUUAUAGUUACAUCCCACCUCUCAUAAUAUUGUAAAGCGCUAUGGAAUCUGUUGGCGCUAUAUAAUUGGCAAUAAUAAUUAGAUGAUUCUUUACAGGAAAUAUUUAGGAAGGCUGUGCAAGUCACAUGCAGGGAGGUGUGAUCUAUACAGCAAAACUGCUUCAUUAUGCAAAAAAGUGCCACGCACACAGGCAGGCAGCCACAGAGGCAGGCAGCUACGCGCACACACACAGAGGCAGGCAGUCACACGCACACACACACACACAGUGGCAGGCAGCUACGCACUCACACGUAGAGGCAGGCAGCUACGCACACACACACACACACAUAGAGGCAGGCAGCUACGCACACACACACAUAGGCAGACAGUCACACACACACAUACAGAGGCAGGCAGACAGUCACACACACACACACCCACACACACACACACAUACAGAGGCAGACAGUCACACACACACACAGAGCCAGGCAGACAGUCACGCACACACACAGGCAGACAGUCACGCACACAUAGAGGCAGGCAGACAGUCACGCACACACAUACACACUGUGGGGAUAUUUAUGGGAUAAUAAUAGUAAACAGUGAGAAUUGACCACUAAUUCAAUUCUCAGAUCCAAAGAUCGUUAUCGUAAGUGGAACGUAUUUCAUAUAAAUAAUAUCACAAUGUUGUUAUAAAAAUAGAUUUAUUUUAUAAUAACAAAUUAAUUAAUAAUAAUAUGUAACAUGCGUGGCAAUAAUCAAUGAAUAUCCAGUAUAAAAUGGUAUGCAAUACAAAGUAAUGGCUUUACACGUUUCAAUGGCUAAACAGCAUUUUCUGUCAAGUCUUACACGAUUUAUGAGGUAUCCUUACAGACACUAACUGCUUUUCACAGCGAAGGGCCAUAAAACCCUGGCUAACAGUUAGAGUAACCCUUUCAAUGCUGGCUAGACCUUCUAGGUAAUUAAGACCUAUUCUUAUGUAAUUCUAAAUAAAAUAACAUUUAAACCAGUUCAUUAGUCAUUUCCUGGAACCAUCCAAUAAGAGAAUCUACAAUAUUAUAAGCAGAUUUUUAAUUUGUCUAAUAGAUAUCUUAUCUUAUAUUAGAACAAAUCAAUACACCUGGAUAAAAACAAUGGUAUGCUACCACGUGAUAAUAUCACAUCAAUAUAUAAUUAUUCUUAAUUCCACCUGCAGAAUGGAAUGUUUAUAACUAUAUAUUCUUUAGUUAACUAAGAUUUCUUAAUAUGGAAAUCUGACCGUGCUUUAUCCAGUCAUAUAUCAUGCUAUUAGAAAAUUUUAAUUAAAUUAAACCAGUAUAAUUACCAGUUGAGUAGAUCUUUCAUCCGAUUGGUAGUUAGUCUCAGGAACUUAUUUGGAUGUCUCUCUGCAUGAGUUAUGGUGAAAGGUGGUGUUGGUUAGAAAGUCAGUGAAAUUCUAAGUGUUUUAAGAGUAGAGUGUUAGUCUCAGAUGUUGUCCUGGGUUUCUCUGCAUGUCCGAGUUGGAGUCCCCAAACUUCCAAUUCCUCUCUCCUCUUUUUCCUCCUUUUUACCCUUCUAUCUUCCCUUUGUCCUAACUUUUAAAGGGCCAAACUCUCUGUACGUCAUCAGUUGAUAACCCAAUAGAAGCACUAGAGGUGUGCUUACCUAGGGAUCGCAAUUUAGGUAUUUGGUCUAUAGAGGGCAGUCUUGUCCCACUAAACAUACCUAUCCAGUAAAGAGUUAACUUUUCCUGGUGGCUAUUUUGACGUCAUUUUGGCUUUAUCUUUAUCGUGGUCAUAAUUAAGUUUUUCUGUCAGAUCAAACAGUUUCUUUAAGUUUUGUCCAGACUGUGUCUGGCAAAUUCUGAGUUUUGACCCGUAACUUACAAUGGGACCUUGUACAUAUAGAAAGUAAAAUUUUAUUAUUUAAUCUCCUCUGUCACAAAUGUCUGGGUUUAGAAUGCAUCUAUUCCAUUACCAUUUAGACAGUCUGUCCAACCCCCGUUCUCCUUAUCACUUGGUUUGUAUAUAUUAUGCAUUCCUUUAGCUCGGGCAAAGUGGUUAGUUUUACAGAUAGAAAUCUUGUCUUUUUAUUAACUUGAAAAUAACAAAAUGGAGUUCGCUCUGUUCAAAAGUGACUCAGCAUAUACACUUUUAAUUUCUAUCAUAGCACAAGAUGUCUGCCGAUAUAAAUACCCUGACAACACACACAUAGAGGCAGACAGUCACACACAUACACAUACACACACAUAGAGGGAGACAGUCACACACACACACAUAGAGGGAGACAGUCACACACACACACAUAGAGGGAGACAGUCACACACACAUAGAGGGAGACAGUCACACACACACAUACACAUACACACACACAGAGGCAGACAGUCACACACACACAUACACACACACAGAGGCAGUCACACACACACACACACAUAGAGGCAGACACACACACACACACACACACACACACACAGAGGCAGACAGUCACACACACGCACAUAGAGGCAGACAGUCACACACACGCACAUAGAGGCAGACAGUCACACACACACAGAGGUAGACAGUCUCACACACACAGAGGUAGACAGUCACACACAGAGACACACAGAGGUAGACAGUCACACACAGAGACACACAGAGGUAGACAGUCUCACACACACAGAGGUAGACAGUCUCACACACACAGAGGUAGACAGUCUCACACACACAGAGGUAGACAGUCUCACACACACAGAGGUAGACAGUCUCACACACACAGAGGCAGACAGUCACACACACGCACACACAGAGAGAGGCAGUCAGUCACACACACGCACACACAGAGAGAGGCAGACAGUCACACACACGCACACACAGAGAGAGGCAGACAGUCACACACACACAGAGAGAGGCAGACAGUCACACACACACAGAGAGAGGCAGACAGUCACACACACACAGAGAGAGGCAGACAGUCACACACACACACAGAGAGGCAGACAGUCACACACACACAGAGAGGCAGACAGUCGCGCGCACAUACAGAGGCAGACAGUCGCGCGCACAUACAGAGGCAGACAGUCGCGCGCACAUACAGAGGCAGACAGUCACACAUAGUUACCUCUAUUCAUUAUGGAGGUGGAAGUAGUGCAGCUCCUGGAUUCUGGUUGUUGGGGAAGCAGGGACUCCUUCCUGCUUCCCAUGCAGCAAUUACCUGGUACUUCUAGCCCUGCCGCACAUCAAGCCCCACCCCCGCCGCAAUGUGUUGUUUUUUUUUGUUUUGUUUUUUUAUCCCAGGUGGAGAAUAAUGAAAUCCUCCACCUGGGUAUCCGGCAAUGUGUGAGCUGUGUCGGCCGCAGGGCGCCCCCUGGUCCAUGGCGCCCUGUGUGGCAACACAGCUCGCACACCCCUAAGGCCGGCCCUGAUCCUAGGGUGGUUAAGUAAACUGUUUGAGAUCAGUUUGACAGCUUACCUUGGGUGGGCCUGUCACAGCUUCUUUGGUAUACAGAAGAUGUGACAAUCAUUCAAAUGUAUUAUUAUUAUUAUUAUUACCCCCCCACACACACUUUUAAAAUUCCAUUAAACACAAGUUUUGUGCACCGGGAAAAAUACUCACAUGCAUAUACAGUUAGUUCCCUUGGCAAAAAUAAACCCCAAGUAAAUUAUCAAAUGGUCUGACUACUUACCCUGGGAGAGUGGCAAGUUAUGCAGGUUUUAGUGGUUAUGGUGGUUUAGAAUGUUCCUUUAAACAGUUAUGCAUUUAUGUUAUGGUUGGUCAUAAGGCAGAAGCAUUAGAUAAAUAUAAAGCAUCUAGUGAAAGAGUAAUAUGGUUUUUACAUGAUGUAAAUGUUAUCGAAUUUUUUUUUUAUUUUUUUUUACUCAAUUUCAAUUUUUAUUUUUAUUUUCAGGUUCACAUAGAAAUUCACUAA